CGACAGACCCGGAUACAAAAAGAAAUCUAAACAACAAAAACAAAUCAAAACCAUCAACAAUGAGAAAACAACUGCUGCCCAUUACACCUUUUGUAUUCAUGAUCAUUUUCGUCAGUUCUGGUUGGAGCGUAAAAGGCUGGACAGGUGAAAUCCAUGGUAGAGUUGUGUGUGAUGUGUGUGCUGAUGAUUCCAUUGGCCCUGAAGACCAUGUCUUACAAGGUGCUGAGGUUGCGGUUCUUUGCAUAACAAAAUCUGGGGAUGUUCUAAAUUAUCAAGCGUUUACAGACUCUAGGGGAAUAUAUACGGUGGCUGAGACAAUGCCGGAGAGUGAAAGGUGGGAUGCUUGUUUGGCAAGGCCUAUUAGCAGCUUUCAUGAUCACUGCACUCAUCUUGGAGACGGGUUUUCAGGUGUGAAGUUUAGUUACAAUCAUCAAUCUGGCUACUCUCAUGCUGUCAAACCUUUUGUAUAUCGGACUGUUAGUAUUCCAUCAUAUUGUGCUUGAAAGUAUGUCGAUAAUGUAAGCCUAUAAAGCAUACAGUAAUGCAAUAAAAUGUCAUGGACAGUUGUACUUACUUUGUGAAAUGUCGGGGGAAAAGGGAGAAGGAGGGAAUGAUCUUGUUUGGUUCGUGAGUGAAUUUAGUCAGUCGGUAAGUUUAUUCUGUGGCAAGGCUCCCGCUCACUCUAUCAAUCUGAGACGGGCAUAAAGGCCGAGAUGAGAAAGCGUUUGGUCAAUGGUAUUAGUGUGCUAGUUAAAAGUUGUGAAAUUUUGUCUAGUUUAUAUGUAAAAAGAUGCUCAAAGUUUAUCUUGAAAAAUGAUAGAUACGGCUAACUCUAAA